CGCAAGAUUUUCAGCAACAGGAAAAUCAGUCGAACUUUUGUAUAUAAAAUCCAAUGCAAUCGUUAGUCCUACAUUCAGUUCUUCUCUGUGCAUUCUUCGUGUAAGGAUCUUUCCAUCUGAGACUUCUCAUUUCUUCAUUAUCACCGACUUCAACUUAAACCUUUUUAACAUCCAAAAUGAAAUUUGUUGUUGCAUUCGCUGUUUUGAUUGCUGUGUGCGCAGCCGCGCCUGCUGAGAGCGACAAACCGGCAGUCAUCCUAAGAGAUAUUCGCACCAACAAUGGAAUCGACAACUACAAAUUUGACUAUGAGACCAGCAAUGGAAUUCAACGUCAAGAAAUUGGUGAACUCAAACAGAUUGAAGACAAUGCUGCAAUCGUUGUGCGUGGUUCAGCUUCAUGGAUUUCACCUGAGGGCACAGUUGUUGAGUUGAAAUAUACUGCCGAUGAAAAUGGGUAUCAUCCCAUUGUUUAAAGACUGACUAGAAGAAUCCCAGUUUUAUCUAACUGUUUUUUAUGACUUUUAAGUUAACUUGAAUUUUCUU